GUUGUGGGUUUGACGAUUUCAAAAAAAGAUUAAACGCCAUGGAGUUGGUCGAAUUCAAAAAGAACAGAUGGACGGCAGGAAGCAGAGAGGAAAGUGCUGGGGUGCCUUAAAAUUGAAUUCAACAAUUCUUACCUACACUGAAUAUGAUGCUGCCUUGCUUCCUACAUUAUUUAAUUCACUCAUUUCAGCAACUUGAGUUGCUGAAUUGGACAUAUCAGAUUGAUGGAUGAGCCAUAAUAGUUAACGAUCCCUCAAUUACGGUACACCCAAUUGAAAGUUUUUACGUUUUCGGUUGAAAGAAUUCAUACCCAAUUAGGUUUUUGUUUACAGUACUUUUGUGUUUCUCCGUUUUGAAUUUCUUUCAUACACAGGAUUCAUUGCAGCUCAUUGUAUGAUUUUGUCUAUACCAAAUUGAAUCCUUUUUGUGGAUUUCUGUUUGAAUUCAUUCAUACCCAGUUAGGAUUCUUUUUCAUUCAAUGUUUGAAGCAUUUAUAUGCAGGUGGAAUUAGGAACACCAAUGCUAAUUUUAGCUCAUUUUGGUUGAUUUCAUUGUAUUAAGUUCGGUUUUUUGAUUUAUUCAUACCGAGUUAAGAUUAGGCUUUUUCUAUGAGGUUUUGUUUAUUGAAUUAGUAAUACCCAGAUUUUAGGUCAAAGAGCUAUGGAUGCGCCAAACGUCGAAGAAACCAGUACUGAUGCAGAGGAGAAUGACAUGGAGACUCCCAUGGUUAAUAAAAAGAGAGACAGACGCACCAUACACUUUCCUGGCGCUGUCAAGACAAGUGCCUAUAGAUUUGAUGGCCAAGGAAAUUAUUUCAACAAGGAGUGGGAUCUGACUGAAGGGCAGGGAACUGAGUUCUGUUGGUACCACGUGGAGCUUCCCAGGUCUAAUCAGAAAUUGGCCCUCGCUGCUCAAUACCUAAUUGACGUACUCUGCCCUCCUCUGAAACUUAAUGACAUUCUGGCCCUUGUAAGCAAUGGGCCAUUCAUUGGGAAUAUUGAUGGGGCUCUUGUUUUCAGGGUCAAUUCUACAGGCCCCACAGGUAGCAAAUUCACACACAGGCUUGCAGCCAGGAUCACUGAGAAUGCUAUCAUUACCGUAUCUCUGGGGAAGGUGCCAAGGCUCGGGUUUUCUACCACAAGGCAGCAGCCUCUGCUUUCUGAUAUUCCGAGUGUGGAAAGUCCUCACUACGGAAGGGGUUCAGUGAUAGGGGUAGAGGAGGGGUCCAAAAUAGGGGGCCAAGAACAACAACCUAAUGUGACUGUCAUCAGAGAGCAUGUGCUAGAGUUUCUACUUACCAUGAAUCAUUCAGAGGAAGCUGAUAAUCCUGUGCCCUCAAGGCUGUCUUAUCUGCUUGUACAUAUUCUUGAUUCGCAUGUGGAUCACCUUCAAGAUAUAGUGGCAAAGCUUGAGAUGGAGUUAGACGCCACCGAAAUUGAAAUGGAUAAUGGUGGUUUUAUAUUGAAGAAACAGAUGUUAGAUGACAGACGAUUUCCUAAGAUGCAUUUGAACUUACAGCGUCUCUUGCAGGUUAUUGCACAUGGAGAGCAAGUUUUCCCUAGAGUGAAAGAGAAAUGUGCUUCAAAACCUUGGUUCGCAAGUGAAGAUAUUACGGCACUAGAAGUGCAGGUUGGUCGUCUGAGGAGACUCAAAGAGAACGUGGGUUUUAUUGCAAACCGUGUAACUGCAAUUCAGGCUGGGCUUGAUAGCUGGCAGGCAGAACAAAUCAAUAGGAGGCUGUAUUACCUUUCAUUUCUCUCGAUGAUAUUUCUUCCAUUGUCCAUAGUUACUGGAUUGUUUGGAAUGAAUGUUGGAGGUGUGCCAUGGACCAAACAAACUAAUCCUGAAUUGAAAGAUGGAUUUAUCAAUGUUCUGUUGAUCUGUGCGGCAAUACUAUUGUUGCUAUUGGUGGUCUUUGGGUCAGUUCCUUUGUAUACACGACUUUCGGCAUGGAGAAAGAGACAAGCAAGCAAGAGAAUAUGGUCAAGCACUAGAAAAUCGUUCACAAAGAGAGGAAAUGAAGUACAUAAUGGGGGAUACCUUCUCCUGUGAAUAUAUUGUGUUUGGUUCUGUCAACCUUCAAUAAUACAAUUGAGGAAGUUCUGGGUUUACUGGUCGAAAGUGCAUUCACUGAAUAUCUUGUGGGUGAUUGAUUCAUGACUUUUUGCUGAUUUAUUAAGAAAUCAGUCGAGGUACCGUUUUGGGGCUGUAUUGCUGACAACAUUUUAUGGGGUCUUGAGCUAAUAAAGUACAGAUGCAUUUUGCUUUCACAGAGAUGUGCACAUCUCCCCCACAUGCAUCUAAAUGUAUUCAUUCCUUUGAUCCUUUACUCCAAUUAUUUUCUCAGUUGGGUUCAAGAGCACCUUGGAAGGUGUGGAAGCAGAAUAUUCAUUUGUUGUAUAAGAAAAAUAUUAUCCUUGUCUUUACCAUUUAGAUCAUUGGUAAAACUAAAUAUUAACUAACUGACGGCCUGCUGUGCAUUGAUUCUUUUGAAA